CUAUGGGAUUUGUUGUUUUUUCAAAAUAAACCUUCAUUUGUCGAUGAAAUUCGUUUCUCAUGAACAAACCGUCAUUUGUCAAUGAAAAUUGUUCCUAUUUAAAAAAAUCGUCAUUUGUUUUUCGAAAACUGUCUGAAACAAACCUUCAUUUGUUUGUGGAAGUUGUUUUUUUUUUCAAAGAACCAACAGUUAUUUUUAACGACUGUCUUUUUAUGAAACCAACAUUUGUCUAUGGAAAUUGUUUUUUUUUCAAAAACAAACUGUUGUUAGCUUUUUCAGAAUAUGUCUUUUUUAAGAGAAACUCAUUGUCUAUGACAAUUUUCGUAGAAAAAUUGUGUUUUGUUAAUGGAAAUUGUUGUUUUCUCAGAACAAACCGUCAUUUAUCUAUGGAAACUAAUUUUUUAUUAAAAUCUCCGUCAGUUGUUAUUAAAGGCUGUUUUUUUCUGAGAAACACCGUCAUUUGUCUAUGGAAAUUGUUUCCUUUUCAUAAACAAAAAUUAUUCUUUUUCAAAAAAAUCGUCAUUUCAUUUUCAAAGACUGUCUUUUUCUGAAACAUCCUUCAGUUGUUUAUAGAAAUUGUUUUUUUUUUUCAAAAAAACCGUCAUUUGUCAUUGAGAACUUGGAGUUUUCAAAAGGAAACCGUCAUUUGUUUAUAUAAUUUCUUUUUCAAAAAACAAAUCGUCAUAUAUCUAUGGAAAUCGUUCUUUUUGCAAAUCAAAACGUCAUUUGUCUAUGGAUUUUUUUUUCAAAAAAACAAACAGUUAUUUUUAACGACUGUUUUUUUCUGAAACCAAUAUUUGUCUAUGGAAAUUGUUUUUUUUUUCAAAAACAAACUGUUGUUAGCUUUUUCAGAAUAUGUCUUUUUUAAGAGAAAUUCAUUGUCUAUGACAAUUUUCGUAGAAAAAUUGUCUUUUGUUAAUGGAAAUUGUUCUUUUGUCAAAACAAACCGUCAUUUGUCUAUGGAAAUUAAUUCUUUAUUAAAAUCACCGUCAGUUGUUAUUAAAUGUCUUUUUCUGAAAAACACCGUCAUUUGUCUAUGGAAAUUGUUUCCUUUUCAUAAUAAACAGUUAUUUGUCUAUGGGAAUGGUUUUUUUAAAAACAAACUCAGUUUUAUAUGAAAAUUAUUCUUUUUCCAAAAAAAUCGUCAUUUCAUUGUCAAACACUGUCUUUUUCUGAAACAAACCUUCAGUUGUUUAUGGAAAUUGUUUUUUUUUCUCAAAAAGAAACCGUCAUUUGUUUGUAUAAUUUUUUUUUCAAAAAACAAACCGUCAUUUAUCUUCAAAUAGAAACCGUCAUUUGUCUAUGGAAAUUAAUUUUUCAUUAAAAUCACCGUCAGUUGUUUUUCAAGGCUGUUUUUUUUUCUGGCAAAAAAAACCGUCAUUUGUCUAUGGAAAUUGUUUCUUAAAAAAAAUGUCAUUUGUCUUUGAUGACUGCCUAUGGGAAUUGUUUUUUUUUUAAAAUAAACCGUAAUUUCUCUAUGAAAAUUGUUUCCUUUUCAUAAUAAACAGUCGUUUGUCUAUGGGAAUCGUUUUUUAAAAAAUAAACUGACUUGUCUAUGGAAAUUUUUCUUUUCCAAAAAAAUCGUCAUUUGUUUUUCAAAGACUGUCUUUUUCUGAAACAAACCUUCAGUUGUUUUUGGAAAUUGUUUUUUUUUCUCAAAAAAAAACCGUCAUUUGUCUUUGAGAACUUGGAGUUUCCAAAAAGAAACCGUCAUUUGUUUGUAUAAUUUUUUUUUCGAAAAUAAAAUCGUCAUUUGUCUUUAUGAACUGUCUUUUUAAAUAGAAACCCGAAUUUGUGUAAGGGAAUUGUUGUUUUUUAAAAAACAAUUGAUUUUGGAACAAUUUUCUGAUUGCAUUUGUCCCACACUGUAUGCAAUGCAAUGAACAGCGCUCAUCAAUAUAUUCGACUCACACUGUAUGCGAUUAUCUUAACAAUUGUUUAAAUAGCUAAAAACCGUGAAUUAGUAUUGCAUUUUCACAAUUCAGUUAUUGCAAUAAAAAAAAUUUCCUUUGAAAUGAAAAUUUCGCGCACACCGUCUUCUCUAAACCUUUCCCACCUCUUUCGCCAAUCCCAUGGCUUCUUAUGAUCUAUUUCCUUCGCUUUCCGCGACGCGUUCACGUCAAGCAAACGGUUAAAAAUUACCAGAGAGCCGCCAAAUUUGAACGGUCGUUUGUUUACAAACAAAAACAAAUCGCCUCACGGAUACUUAAUUCGAUAUACAAUUAACAAAUUUCGGAAAAUUAGUGUUAGUACAUUGUUAUCUAAUUUCCUAUUUGAUAAACCGUCGUCUGAGUCGGUUUCAGUGAACGAUUACUUCUCAUUAUGAAAAUAACUAUUCCAAACGCGACUUGUCGUUUAUAACUUUUGUCUGUCUGUGAGUGAUCGGUGAUUUUUGUUUUGUUUCCGAAACUACGGACUUGUUUUUGUUGUGAUUAUGUUUUCUAAUGAAAUUAGUGAUGAGUUAAUACCAUGGACCGGACUCACCCUUGCUUGUAUAAGGAUUCUGCAAUUAUAUUCGAAAGUUUUUCAAUGGGAUAUUCAAGAUAUAAAUAAAAUAAGAGAAAAAACAUGUAAAAAUUGUAAAUGUCCGAGAGAUGGGCACGAAAUAAUUGCUGAACAUGGCGCCAGAUCGAGGCUAGGAUUUAUAGCUACCCAUGACGGAUUAGACGCUAGAUCUUUAGGAUAUACCUUUGUGCCUCCAGGUCUGACCUCUGCUAGACAGGUCGACCAGUAUUAUUCCACUUUGCCUUCGGAAGAAGUUCCAAAACUUGGGUCCAAAGGGGAAACGAACCGUUCCCAAAGAAUAGUUAGGCAACUACCUAAACAAGAUUUGGCUUUAUCUGCUUGCAAAUUCGUCGAACCAGAAAAUAAAGCGAGUUAUGAGGAUUUUGUUUCUGGUAGAAAUCAAGUAGCUCUUGAUGUAGGUAUAGCUAAGACUACUCCGCCCGGUAGCAUUUGCGCCCAUUGUGAAAAGCCUAUUCAUAGUCAACAAUUAAGUAUCGCCGCGCCUAGAUUAGGUAAAUUAUUGUGGCAUCCAUCUUGUUUUAAGUGCACCAGUUGUGAAGAUCUCCUCGUGGACCUUGCUUAUUGCGUUUACGAGGACAAUAUUUAUUGCGAAAGACAUUAUGCUGAAAAAAUGAAGCCAAGGUGUGCUGGAUGUGAUGAGUUGAUUUUCAGUGGCGAGUACACGAAGGCAAUGAACAAAGAUUGGCAUGGUCAACAUUUCUGUUGUUGGCAAUGUGACGAGAGCCUUACAGGACAACGUUACGUCCUUCGCGACGACCAUCCUUACUGCGUCUCCUGCUAUGAAAACGUCUUCGCCAAUGCUUGCGAAAAAUGCAGUAGAAUUAUUGGUAUUGACUCCAAGGAUUUAUCUUACAAAGACAAACAUUGGCAUGAGGCUUGUUUCCUUUGCACCACUUGCGGGGAAUCUUUGGUCGACAAGCAAUUUGGAUCUAAAGGUGACAGGAUCUAUUGCGGAAACUGUUACGAUCAACAAUUUGCUUCGAGGUGCGAUGGGUGCCACGAAAUUUUCAGAGCUGGUACCAAGAAGAUGGAAUACAAGACCAGACAAUGGCACGAGAAGUGCUUCUGUUGCUGUGUAUGUAAAGUACCCAUCGGUACCCAAAGCUUUAUUCCUCGAGAACAAGAAAUCUACUGCGCCAAGUGCUAUGAGGAGAAGUUUGCUACGCGCUGCAUCAAGUGCAACAAGGUUAUAACCAGCGGCGGAGUGACAUAUAAGAACGAACCAUGGCACAGAGAAUGCUUCACCUGUACGCAUUGUCAACGUAGUUUAGCCGGUGAACGUUUUACAUCUCGCGACGACAAACCCUACUGCGCGGAAUGUUUCGGCGAAUUAUUCGCGAAACGUUGUACCGCUUGCAGCAAACCUAUAACCGGUAUCGGAGGCACCAAGUUCAUAUCAUUCGAAGACCGUCAUUGGCACAACGAUUGUUUCUUCUGCGCCUCCUGCAGGACAAGUUUGGUCGGUCGCGGAUUUAUCACCGAUCAGGAAGAUAUCAUAUGUCCUGAUUGCGCCAAAGCCAAAUUGAUGUAAUUCGAGGAGGUGGUAAAAACAAUCGUCAUGGGUUAACUAAUCGGUACAAUUUUGAGCUUGAAAAUAUGGUUCGAGGGAACAUAUCAGAAAUAUAAAUGUUAACCUAGCGAUUGAUUUUUGAAAAAAAAAUCUCAUACUUGACAGGAUUAUGAUACAAAAUUUCACACGCACACGUACACAUAUGACAUAAAAAUAUUUAAAAAAAAAACGUUUUCGUUUUGUGUUGAUUUAUGUUCAUUAGAAGUCAAUUAAUUAAUAGAGGCUUAUUUAUUUUUUUUUACUUUUAUGAAUUAAUUUUCUAUAUAAACUGCUUUAGGGUUUAAAUUAUCAAUGUUUUGUUGUUGACUGUUCGAAAGCCGUAAAUAUUUUAGAAACAUUGAAAAAAUUUAGAAAAAGUUUUGACAGAAUCACUGAGUUACGAAGCAGGUUUAAAAAUAUCGAAAAGAAGGGCGAAAUAUGUGAAUUACCACCAAAAUGAUAAAGAAUGUCCAAAGUUGAAAUGGACGAUAUGAUUAGAACUUACGCGAUGUUAAAAUUAUAACUUUGGAAUGUGAGAACAGCGAAAACUAUAGGAAAAAUUGAAGUGGACGAUAUGAUUAAGACUUAUCUGAUGUCAAAAUAUAACUUUGGAAUGUAAAAAUAGCAAAAGUAUUGGAAAAUCCUCCAAAAUGGUAAAGAACAAACUAAAACUGUAAUAUAAAAUAUGAUUAGGACUUAUAUAAUGUCAAAAAUACACCUUAGAAUUUUGAAAUUAGCAAAAAGUACAGGAACAACUUUCAAAAUUGAUGAAGAACAACUAAAAUUGAAGUGGACGAUAUGAUUAGGACUUAUCUGAUGUCAAAAUAUAACUUUGGAAUGUAAAAAUAGCAAAAGUAUUGAAAAAUCCUCCAAAAUGGUAAAGAACAAACUAAAACUGUAAUAUAAAAUAUGAUUAGGACUUAAAUAAUGUCAAAAACUUACCUUAGAAUACUGAAAUUAGCAAAAAGUACAGGAACAACCUUCAAAAUGAUGGAGAACAACUAAAAUUGAAGCGGACGAUAUGAUUAGGACUUAUCUGAUGUCAAAAUAUAACUUUGGAAUGUAAAAAAUAGCAAAAGUAUUGGAAAAUCCUCCAAAAUGGUAAAGAACAAACUAAAACUGUAAUAUAAAAUAUGAUUAGGACUUAAAUAAUGUCAAAAACUUACCUUAGAAUACUGAAAUUAGCAAAAAGUACAGGAACAACCUUCAAAAUGAUGAAGAACAACUAAAAUUGAAGUGGACGAUAUGAUUAGGACUUAUCUGAUGUCAAAACAUAUAGGAACUACCGUAAAAAUGAUGAAGAUAAUAUUAUGUCUAAAACAGAACUUUCAAAUGGGGUGGUUACUGGGUUCUUACAAUAUAUAUAAAGUUUAUCUAUGAUUCCAGUUGUUUUUCACAAAUAGAGGUUUUUAACCAAAAAAAAAUCAAA